AUGUUUAAAGCCAUAGAUAUGCUACAGAUUGACAAUGGUAUGAAGGAAGAUUUAGGGAAAUUUCUCUCGGAGCACAUCAAUGAUACCAAUUGCCUGGACAUAUUAAAUCUCACCCAAUAUAUCAAAGAUGAAACACUGAUGCGUCUGGCAUAUGAACAUGCAACUAAAAACUUUGAGAAUGUUUGGGAAUCGUCUGGUUUAUUGGAACUUGAUAUGAACACUUUUGUCAGAUACUUAAAAGAUGAUGUUCUCAAUGUGACAAAAGAAGAAAAUGUGUUUCAUUCAAUAGCACGCUGGAUUCUUCAUCAUCCAAGUGAAAGAAAGAGACAUGCUGCAGAAUUAUUUGAGUGUGUGAGAUUCUGCUUCAUUGAUCCCAAAGUUCUGGUAGAUGAGAUAAACAAACACAAGUUCAUGGAUGAGUUCCCCUGCCUUAGGAAUCAUGUCAUGGCUGCACUCCAUCAUCAGAUAACACCUUGCUAUCAACAUGAGGAACAUUACUACAAGUGCAGCCCUAGGAAUUGCAAUAUUUACCCAUGCAUUGUGAAUCCUGUCAACGAUCAAAAAAUGUGGGUACAUGAAGUUUCUGAUACUUAUGCUGAACCACUCAACAUAAAGACAGUUGUCCUCCCACAUCAGAGUUCUUCAAGGAAGCCAGUUUGUCUGAUUGGUAAUAUGAUGUACCUAUUUGAUGGAGUGAAAUUAUACAACUGUAAAUUGGGAGAAAUGAAAAGAAAUGUUUGGAUUGAGUGUGAAAGUCGACCAAAUCGAAAUGGCAAUGACACAAAAUUGAAGGAAUAUACACUCACUUUGUGUGGUGACUUCUUGUACCUGAUAGGUGGUAGGAAUUCUUCUGGUGUAAGUAGUGUUAUUGAUUUCUACAACCAUGAAGUAGACACCUGGCAAGCUCCACCAGAUGUUGCACAGGCCUUGAUUCAUCCAGUAUACAAUCAUUGUUCUCUCGCAUUAGAAAGCAACAUUUACAUAAUUGGAGGAUCCCAGCCUGGACAUAGAAUUGGGAGUAGAUUCUUGCAAAUUUACGAUACCAUACAGGGUAAGAUCACCCUUGGACCUGAUGCACCACAUCCUUUGGCAGUCCAUGCUGCUGUUUGCUGUAAGAAGGAAAUCUUUACAUUUUCCCAAAACAAGAUGAUCAUGAAAUACAAUCCUGCAGUUGAGCAAUGGACCUUGAUUUUAACAUUAGGUUCUACAAUCUACAAACCUGUGCCAUUUGUGAAAGGCUCUAAGAUAAUGCUCUUGGGUGGCAGGAACAUGCCAACUCGGGAAUGCACUCAAACUGUAUCGGAGUAUGAUACUGUGUCUAGAAGCUUUAGAGAGUACACUCUCUUGUCGUCUGCAGUUUGCAUUAGCGGUGCUGUGGCAGUGGUCAAAAAUAAGUAUCUGAAAUGGCUCUGAAGCUUUGAAAAAAUCAAAGACUGUUUUUAACAACGGUUUUCUCAACAGAAUGCAUAAUUUGAAAACAUUAAGCUGUUGCAUAUUAUCAUUAUCAUGCUAUAUUAUUUUGGGGAUUUGAUAUUCAGAAUAUAAACUAAAAAUGCAAAAAUGAGAAACAUGGAAUGAAUUUAAUAUAGUGAGAAGGCACUCACAAAUCAGAAUACAUGUACUUUGGACCAUUUUUCAAAUUAAAUGAACCCAGCAUCAACACAAGACAUGAAAAACAAGUAGUGACUAACAGUUUGAGUCAUAGAGUUCGACAAUUAAGUACAAAAUUUAACUGAAAAACAUCUUUUUGAAUUCACCUCACUAGAUUGAGAAAUGCCUCUUCACUUUUCUUUUCAAUUGGGUUGUGUGUAUAUAAUGAUUUUAUUAGAUAAAAACUCUGCAAUUACCAAACUUA